UACGUGUGAAAUCUGUGAAUGAUCACAGAGGUCACAUGGUACAAGGCUAUUCACAACAGCCUUGUACCAUGUGACAAGCUGUGACCAAUCACAGCUCACACAGUAGUUCUCAAUGGCUGCAAGAUGUUUAAUCGCUUUCUAUCCGCCCUAUAGCAGAUAUACUGCUACAGGGCAGCACGGGUGUACAAAAUCACGUAUAUAUACUUGGCUAUCAAUCACCGGGUCCUGUCCGGUGAUUACUCACCGGCACCCAGUAAUUGCCGAGGAUCUCCGACAGGGGGGGGGAUAUGUGAGAACUGUUAGUAAACAAAACUGUUCUCCUUCCUAUCAGCUCGUGCACACUGCUUUGUAA